GCAGAAGCCAUUUCCUCAUCAACUGACCAGAGUCAAGAAAGAGAAAUGAAAAGCCCUGACAGCUUCUUUUCUAAGGUCCGCCGGAUCCUAUGACCAGGUCGUCACUGCUGCCCAGCCCUGGGACUGGGACAUUCUGGCUCCAGCUCAACCACCCAAGACCUGAAAUUGUGUCUGAAGAAACCCAAGCUGUGGGACAAAAGGUGGCUUGUGGUAACGAGAGCACAACAGGACCCACAGGAAGCCACCCAGCUGCUCAGUGCCUUCAGCCGAAGCCUUCCUCUGAAGUUCUGCUUGAGCGAAGGACAGCGGGAUCCGACAGGGACAUGAUGCUGCCCGUGACCCACAUGCUAGCCUUCAGUGCUUGGCUGGUGGCACAGAGCAAGGCUACACCAAGUGCCCCCACAGUCUCCAUCUUCCUGAAGCCGCCUGGGGUGAUCCCACCGGGAGGCUCCACCACCAUCUGCUGCAGUUGCCAGUGCGACAAUGGGAAAUUCGUGCUGUACAGGAAAGGCAACCCGCACCUGGAGCUGCGUGGCAGCAGGGCCGAGUUCCCCAUCUCUAAUGCCACCACCGAGGACGCAGGUGCCUACAGCUGCCAUUACAUGGAUGGAGACACCGUGCUGGCUCGCAGUGAAAUCCUGGAUGUCAUGGUGCAAGAGUUCAGUCUCCCCACACCCGUCCUCUCUGUCCUGCCUGGGCAGGAGGUGGCUGCAGGAGCUUACGUCAUUUUCCGUUGCACCAUCGCACACUCCAGUGCCAGCUGUUUCCUGUACCUGGAGGGCCAGGUCAAAACUCCUGAACUCCUCUAUAAGGAUCGAGAUGAUUUCAAUCUCUCCCAUGUGCAUAAAGGCAAUGGGGGCCGCUACAGCUGCCAGUGUUUCACCAAGGGUUCUUUGCUCAAAUGGUCUGCUGUCAGCAACGCCCUGGAUUUGGUGGUGAGAGAUUACACCUGGAACAACGCGGUGCGCCUGGCGCUGGGGGCCGCGCUCCUGCUCCUGCUGGGGCUGUUCGUGGCUGACGCCGUGCGCGGCCCCGCUGGGCCGGGGCGCGGCUCCGCGCGGCCGCUGCGGGACCGAGGGCCCAGCGCGCUCCGCGGCGAGCGGGACCGGUAAGGGAACGCCGGGACUGCCCCGGUUCUGCGCAUGCGGGGGCGCGAGCGGGGCCCUGCGGAAUGGGCGGGGCUCGGGCCUGGGGGCGGGGCUCGGGGCUCAGCCGCCCGCCCCUGCCCCGCCCCGCCCCGCCCCGCCCCGCCCGUCUGUCCGUCCGCUCCCGUUCCCGCCAGAGCCCAGGGGCGGCAGCAGGGCUGAAGAACGAGGCUCCAGCUGCAGACUUCCAUUGCUCACAUUCGUUUAUUAUUUUAAAACACGGACGAAAUACAUCACACCAUCAUCUAUAUAUAUAAAUUUACUUUUAUACAGAUAUAAAUUUAUAUAUAUAGGACCUUUAAACCUCUGUAUACUCAGGACACAAAGUUCCAGAACAGCUUCACUGGCUACAACAAAAGUAUUUUUGUUAUGAAAACACAUAGAAGAGGUGUGAAUAUCAAAAAUGCAGAAAAAGGAAAUUAAAAACGAGUGCAAAAUGAA